GCUGCAGGAGCCCCCACCCUCGCCCUCCUGAAAGGGGCCCGGAAGGGGCACCUGGGUCGACCCUCAGCCCGCCCUUCUCCCCACCCAGGGUAGUGCUGACUCAGGCAGCGAUGGAGGCGUGGGCGGGCUGGGCCGGAGCAGAGGUGACCCCUGUGUCCCCUGCAGACUCUCCAUCCAUUCCCGGAGUCUGUGGUCACAGCUUGGGUAAUGCACUUGGCUGGAGCCCGGGUUUCCCUGCAGGUGGGGGCGGGGAGAGCUGGCAAAAGGGACAAUGGCCCUUGGGGCAGGAACCCUCACCGGGGCAUAGCGCACAACCCUUUUCCUACAGGUACAUCCUUGCACCCACUCCCGCAAACAUGUAUGCACAUGCACAAUCACACACACGCCCCCAAAUGCCCAGUCACACAGCCACACCAACCUUCGUUCUCACCCCUUCGCCGCGCUCUCCCUUUUCCGCACACACACACUCAAGCAUAUAUGUAUAUAUAUAUAUAUAUACACACACACGCAGACAUCUUCACUUAGUAAUUCAACAAAGACUGAACAUUAUCAGGUGUCAGUGCGUUGCAGGGAGGAAAGGUGGCUCUCAGCUCAGGGUGGGGCAGGGGCUUCCUGGAGGGCUUCCUGGAGGGCUUCCUGGAGGAGGAGGCAUUGCCGCUGGGCCUGGACGGUGGGGAGCCCAGGAAACGGAAGCCUGGGCAGUUUUCCCUGGGGGGGGGGGUGACUCUAGGGGAGCAGAGCACAAUGAGGUGGGUGCGGUCGGCCCAAUCACACAGGCCUUGAACGCCCCGCCAAACGCUGACUUCAUCCUGUGGGAGUGGGGAGCCACGGAGGGCUCUGAGCAGGGGGUCAGGCCCGCAGCGGGAGAGGACAGGAAAGUCACUGCGGGGCCAGAGCGGGAGAGCCAGGGCGGAAGCUGUGGUGAGAACCAGGACCCUCUCAGAUGCCACCACCUCCUGCCCACGAGUCUCGGUGCAGCACGGGGCCAUUGGGAUCUCGGUCAGCGUGCCUGGGCCACCUGCACCGUCCAUACGCCCCUCCUCCGGGGAGCCGGGGGGGGGGGGGACUGGGGGCUCCGACAGCACCCCUGCGAUGGACAGGGCUCUGAGCUGAAGGGAGUAUCUCCGGGACUCCUCCGCUCACACAUCCACCCCUCAAGCCACUGGGUCCUCCCGCCCCAUUCCCUGAACAGCCACCAUCUCUGA